CAGAGAGCGCACUGACCAUCAAACUUCAAAUAGCAUCACAAGCUGCUGAGGACUUCGGGUUUUGUGAGAACCACCACAUUUUUUGUUUUCUGCAGCGCUCCUUUGGACUGUUUGGCCCAUCUUCAUCUUCCACGCUAUUGGACCUUCCACAGGUCAUACUCCCUACCUUUCCACUUUCCUCACUACAUCGACCUAACAAUGGGCCAGUCAAUCUGUGUCGUGACUCCAAUGGCGAUGCUGCUAGGUCCUGUAUCAGGCCAACAGGAUUGCAGAAACUGCUACCAGCUAGAUACGGGAACCCUGGUGGGCAUCAUUGUGGGCGAUAUUGUCCUCAGUGUUCUCAUUGCACUCUCUAUCUUCUGCUUUGUCUACAACAUGAAAAAAAAGAAGAGAACCCUGGAUGCUCUAGAGGGUAAGGGAAAAAAACAGACAUCCUCAAAGAUUAAGACAGAGGAUGCAGAGUCUACCUAUCAGGAGCUGCAGGGGGUACAAAGCGACAUCUACAAUGAUCUCACAAAUUUCCGGAAAUGAGGCCCACGAUGUGAAGUUUGUUCUUUAUCGAGAUGUCUUGGACCCACAAUUUAUCUGUGUAGGACACAUACUCUUUCUCUGCUGGCACCUGACCAGACCAGCAGUACUGACAGACUCAAGGGAAAUAUGACUGUAGCUGAUAGUAGCAGCUGGAAUAAGGAGCGUAUUAAGCUCUGAAAGAAAUAACCGUGAC